AUGGAGCUCUUCAGAGAUUCGGUGAUGGGCCAGAUUAUUCGGCGUCUCACAAACGAUAAGAUUUUGCUCUACAGCGAAGAAAAAGCAGGGACAGAUAAACAUACAAUGAUGGCGCCGACCGAUCAAUAUGCGAUGAUGGCACCAACGGAAAAUCUCCAAAACACCAUGUUGAAACCAGAACAAAGUGCUGAAGGUAAUAACUCUGGCAAAGAAAAAGACGUCAAUUUUGUGGUUGAGUGGUAUUCAGACGAAGACCCCGAGAAUCCUCAAAAUUGGACAGGGCUUAAGAAAGCGAUCGUUCUCUUUCAACUGUGUGCGUACACAAUGGCAGUGUAUGGAGCAUCCAGCAUGUACGUCCCUGGAGAAGGAGACAUAAUGCGAGAAUUUCAUGUUGGCGCCACUCCCGCAGCACUCGGACUCGCUGUGUACGUGGCGGGUUAUGGGAUAGGACCUUUGGUAUUCGCGCCGCUCAGCGAGAUCGCGUCCGUGGGCCGAAACUGGGUGUAUAUACCUACGUUCUUCUUAUUCGUUAUACUAUCGAUUCCGACUGCAAUAGUAAAGAACUUCGCAGGUUUGCUAGUUCUGCGUUUCCUCACCGGGUUUUUUGGAAGCCCUUGUCUGGCAAAUGGAGGAGCAUCGGUUGGAGAUAUUUAUCCUGCUUUACAAAUUCCCAUCUACCUUUCUUGCUGGACUGCGGUCUGGUUCUGGGGCCCCGCGAUUGGACCAGUGGUAGCCGGCUUUGCUGUUCAAGCGAAAGGAUGGCGAUGGGGACUUUGGGAGAUAGUUUGGCUGACAGCACCGUUGAUCUUGUUCUUGAGCUUUACAUUGCCAGAAACAUCUGCUGACAAUAUUCUUCACCGUCGUGCCGCCAGGUUGAGGAAGAUCACGGGCCGAAAAGACAUAUUUGCGGCUAGUGAGAUUGCGCAAGCACAACUGACAACUGGAGACGUCGUCUGGGAUGCGCUCAUCAAGCCGAUGGAGAUUAUGAUCAAAGAUCCGGCCGUUCUUUUUACUAACAUAUAUACUUCCUUGACCUACGGCAUUUACUAUUCCUUUUUCGAAGCUUUUCCAUUGGUAUAUCCUCAGGUGUAUGGGUUCAACAUUGGUGAAACUGGGCUUUGCUUCCUCACAAUUGGUAUUGCCUGCCUUAUAGGAAUAAGUAUUUUUUACACAUACCAGUUUUGCUAUCUACUUCCCGAGAUACGGAAGAACGGUCCACGCGCACCAGAACACCGACUAGUUCCCGCGCUUUUCGCUGUUAUUACUCUGUCGGCCGGAUAUUUCAUGUUUGGAUGGACAGUGCAGAGCAACAUUCACUGGAUUGUCAGUCUCAUUGGAGUUGUGAUUCUGGUGACAUCUAACUUCUUAAUCUUCCAAAGUGUGUUCGUCUAUCUGCCAAUGUCAUACCCGAAAUACGCCGCUUCUCUAUUCGCAGCAAAUGAUCUCUGCCGGUCUGUAUUUGCUGUCGCCUGUAUACUCUUUGCGAGACCAAUGUUUGAGAAUUUGGGGAUUGGAGGCGGAGUAUCUCUGCUGGCUGGUCUGUCAUGCUUGGGAAUUGCCGGAAUGUUUGCGCUGUGGAAAUACGGAGCAUGGUUGCGAUCGAAGAGUUCUUUCGCAAGCAGUUAG